UCUCUGCCCUGGACAAUGCCAGGAAGUGAGGGAUCUUUGGCGAGCGGUAUGAAUCUCCCAGGCCAACAUAAUCUGUACCAGCUAUGCCUGGAAAAUAUCAAGGGCAAGUGAAUCCGUGGAAUGGGGACGGUCCCGCCGGCGGCGGCCAGUGAGCCCGAGCUCCCCUGAGUAGCCGAAGCGAAGCCCGAACGGAGCCCCGGGGGCUGCAGGAUGCACCCCCCCUUUGGAUGCUUUUAAGGCAGCAGCCACCAAAUUAAGACGAAGUGUGAAGAUCCCCCUUCCCCAGCCGCAGCCUGAGCCUCCUGCCCCCCCGGCGAUCAGUGAAAUGCUCCAGGAGAAAGGCCUGUCUGAAACGGAAGAAGGGUUUCCAGCGGCCCAGGCACCUGGUCAUGCAGAAUCCACCGUGGGUUCCCCGGUUCUCGGCGUGGCAGGAGUCAGCAGCACUCCGCUGAGCAGUCCGCAGGGCCAGGAUCCGGAGCAGACAAUAGAAAACAUCAAAGUCUAUCUCCACGAGAAGGAGCUAUGGAGGAAGUUUCAUGAGGCUGGCACCGAAAUGAUAAUAACCAAAGCAGGCAGGAGGAUGUUUCCUAGCUACAAAAUUAAGGUAACCGGGAUGAACCCCAAGACCAAAUACAUCUUGUUGAUCGACAUCGUCCCAGCUGAUGAUCACCGGUACAAAUUUUGUGACAACAAAUGGAUGGUGGCUGGGAAAGCAGAGCCCGCAAUGCCUGGGCGGUUAUAUGUUCAUCCGGACUCGCCCGCCACGGGAGCUCACUGGAUGCGGCAACUGGUGUCGUUUCAGAAGCUAAAGCUCACUAACAAUCACCUCGAUCCAUUCGGACAUAUUAUUCUUAAUUCGAUGCAUAAAUACCAGCCAAGAUUGCACAUUGUGAAAGCAGAUGAAAACAACGCCUUUGGGUCCAAGAACACAGCGUUCUGCACACAUGUGUUUCCAGAGACAUCCUUUAUAUCGGUGACCUCCUAUCAGAAUCACAAGAUAACCCAGCUGAAAAUUGAAAACAACCCAUUUGCCAAGGGAUUCAGGGGAAGCGAUGACAGCGAUUUGCGUGUGGCACGGCUACAAAGCAAAGAAUAUCCAGUGAUUUCCAAAAGCAUCAUGAGGCAGAGGCUGGUUUCCACUCACGGCCAGCUUUCAACAAAAACAGAUGUCAACCCACUCCAUGGGAGUCACCAGACCCUUCAGCAUUAUCAGUACGAGAAUGGUGCUCAUAUGCCAUUUGCUGCUUCGGAUACUCAAGAUCUACCACUCAACACCUUCACAGCACAGAGAGAUUCAGGGCUCUUCUAUCACUGCCUGAAAAGAAGAGAAAGUGCUCGGCAUUUAGACCUGCCCUGCAAACGGUCCUAUCUGGAAGCCUCCUCUUCUGUAGGAGAAGAUCAUUAUUUUCGUUCGCCACCUCCAUAUGACCAGCAAAUGUUAAGUCCUUCCUAUUGCAGUGAGGUGACACCUAGGGAAGCUUGUAUGUACUCAGGUUCUGGGGCUGAAAUCGCAGGUGUCUCAACAGUCGAAGACUUGCCGCCUCCUCCCCCUCCCCCCUUGAGCUGCAAUAUGUGGACUUCUGUUGCACCUUACACCAGCUACAGCGUUCAGACAAUGGAAACUGUGCCUUAUCAGCCUUUCCCUGCUCAUUUUACUACCACCACCAUGAUGCCAAGACUCCCCUCUAUCACAAGUCAAAGCUCCCAGCCACCAGGUAAUAGCCCCUUCAGUGUCUACAAUCAACUGUCACAGUCUCAGGUUCGGGAGCGAGUUCCUCCUUCAUCCUUCCCGAGGGAAAGAGUGCACCCAUCUGUUUGUGAGAGGAAGCCUCCAUCUCCGCACUUAAACACGGCAAACGAAUUUCUGUACUCACAAAGCUUUUCACUCUCGAGGGAAUCUUCAUUACCGUACCAUUCAGGAAUGGGGACUGUGGAAAACUGGACUGAUGGAUGA